AUUGAUGACGCCAUACACAUACGAUAUGUUGAAGAACUAGAUGAUUAUUGGAAAUUUCUUAAGAAUCUGAAGUUAGAAACAUAUUGAGGAGCUACCCUGGUGUUAGCAGUUGCCUGCUUGGUUCGUUGUAAACAUUUCCUGACAAACCGUUUGGACACAAUGGAUACUGUCUUUAUCUUAACGUUUUUAUUGCCAGUCAUUUUAGCAACAACAGGUUUUAACCCUACACAACAUCAUGAUUAUGAAGCUAUGGAAGCGGUCAUGAAUAAUGUUCACGAAAAAUGCAACAAGAUAACACACUUGUAUGAACUACCAACUGGAACAUUUGAGGAUAUUCCUUCAACGACUGUUAACGGAAGAAAACUAAAGGUCCUGGUGUUUGGAAAACAUCCAACAGAACAUACUAAUGGCAUUCCGGAGUUCAAAUACAUUGGCAACAUGCAUGGUAAUGAGGUGACUGGCAAGGAGCUGUUGUUGCGACUUAUGACAUACAUGUGCGAUGUCUACCUGGGAGAGACGACAGAAAUAGAGGGCAACUUUGAUAUGAAACACAUCAAAGAUCUCAUUGACAACACCCGGAUACACAUCCUCCCCUCUAUGAACCCUGACGGAUGGCAGAUUGCAUCAGAAAGCGUAGACAACUAUCAAAAUGGUGUCCUGGGCUCUGACAAGUGGACUGUUGGGCGUGCGAAUGCCAAUGGCAAGGACCUUAAUCGAAACUUUCCUGACCUGGAUAACCUUUACUACAACCUUGAGGCCAAGCCAGGUCAUAGGAACAACCACCUCGACAGAGUGAGGCAGGUCCUCAAAAACCUCUCCAGUGAGCUGGAGCCAGAAACUAAGAUGAUCAUGAGUUGGCUUCACUCCAUACCGUUCGUGGCCUCGGCCAACAUGCACAAUGGGGACCUUGUCGCCAACUACCCAUUUGACAAGACAAGGGACGGCAGCUCUCACAGUCCCGCAAAAUGCCCAGAUAAUAGCACGUUUUUUGAGAUGGCGGAGGCCUACUCCCUACAGCAUGCCGACAUGGCCAAGCCUCACAAGCCCUGUGACACAAAUGACUUCAGCAAGACUGAGGGAACAACUAAUGGAGCUGCAUGGUACUCUGUUCCAGGAGGUAUGCAGGACUACAACUACCUGAGCACAAACUGUUUUGAGAUCACACUGGAGUUGGGAUGUGACAAAUUUCCACCAGCGUCAGAACUGCCCAAGAUCUGGGAGCAAAAUAUCAACUCCCUUUUCAGCUUCAUGUAUCAGGCCCACAUUGGCAUCAAGGGCGAGAUUCAGCUGCCGGAGGGUAUCCGUCCUGGCUCGGCCAUUGCCGCAAUCCGAGUCCAGAAAGUCGGAGAACCAAAACCCAUUGACCACGACAUUCUCUCAACUGAAAGUGGAGACUAUUACCGACUUCUUGAGAAUGGGUUGUACAAUGUGAAUGCUACCAUCCACUUCAUGGACAGGAAUGAUAACGAGCAGAAGAUUGUCAGGUCCAAGUGUGUGCAAGUUGAUAACCAGCUGUAUUCUAAGUCUGCUCAGGUUGUGAACUUUGACUUCACUCAGCUUGAUGAGCCAUAUAUUGAUGAAUCCUGUAAAAAUGAGUACCAGGAUAGUUACGAUGAAGACCAGCUAAGGCAGUACUAUGAUCUAAUGUGGUUCCUGCGAAACUACGCCGCCCCCCGCAACACGUAUGACUCCAAAUACAAUGUGUACUAAAACCGCCGGAUCAACUCUCUUCCUUUGAAAACUAAACAAAGUAAAACAAGUACUUUCAUUAAAAAAGAUCCUUGAUGUAACUUAAAUGACACAUUUGAAACAUUAAGAUUUGGUUUAAAGGGACUUACUUACAUUAAUUACGGUCAGACAUAAAACAUGAUAGGUCUGAAAAGUGUGAAAGGUCUCAUCUUGUUAUGAUAAAACUUAUAGGUCUGUUGUAAUAAUUAUUUAAAAUAUGAAAUAGAAAAUGCUUUAUUUUGCCAAAGGUUUUGAAACACUUUUGAAAUUUAAAUUAUUUUAAGCUUGGACAUUGUUAUUAGUGACUAAUUCUUUUCUUAGUAGUGCAAUCUUUAGUUUUUGCGCUGGAAUACAUUUAUAUAACUUAGGUUUAUUUCUCUACGUUCUCUAUUAAGUAUUUUUCCUGGUCGUUUUCAGAUAUUCAAAGUUGUACUCAAUCAUCAUAAUAUUAAUUAUUUAUUCAAAGGAAAUAUUUUGUUUUGUUUUGUUUUUGGGUCCAUGUACUUAAAUAGUGUCAUACAUGUAUUAAGAAUCUCAAAGAAAUAUUCUUAUUUUGUUAUUUCUUGACAUCUUACUUCACUACAUUUGUAUCUGCAAUAUUUUUACAAUGUUACAGUUUGAAAUCCAAAAAUCAAUAAAAUCCAAUCAUAUGAUUUUUCGUUAAUCAUUCCAAUUAUAUGCAUUCCAUCAGUAAAAUUGGGUAACAUUUACAAAUGUUCCAUUAACAGUUCUGUUUUAUAUGCAGAUUUAUUGCAGUAUUGUUCAGAUAUAUAUGGGACCAGAUUCAGGCGUUUACUUAUCCUUUUGUGCAAUAUUUUUUAUAUAUAUAUCUAGAUUAACAGUUGUUCAAAUUUUGUACAGGAACAUGACAUGCAUAAUAGAUUGUUUUAAAAAGUCCAGCAUGAUAAAAUGAUUGACUGUCCAUCUAGAUAUAUUGUUAUUUUUGUUAAUUGUUGAUCAGAAAUUUAUAUAUUUAUUAGUUAUUGUUGAUGAAAGGUUGUGAAUGGAAGUUUACAUAAGAGAUCAUACUUAAACAUAGUUUGUAAUGUCUUUUUGAUCAUGUUUAUUAUUCAUAUACUACAAAGAUGGUCAUUAUUAACAGUGAACAUAUUACUUUACUUGAAAUAGAUAUAUUGGCACAAAAUGUAAUUGAAAUGGGUUUACCGGGCCCCAUUUUCUCCCACAAUCUUAAGCCCUUUAUAACAGGAUCAAUCACAGCACAUUAUUUUUGAUUGGUAUGAAUUGUGGAAUAUUCUCUUUGUUAAGGCUUUUGGGGCCUUUAAAGAAAAAAAAUCUGAAAAAAAUAAGAUAAACUACUUUUUGUCUUACAAAAUCAUAUUUAACUUAGUAAUUUUGCAUAAUGAAAUAAGAUACUUUAAUAAGUCUUAAGUGAGUUCUGCUUAAGAUUUUUUGAGAAAUUGGGGCCAAAUUGUUUGCAAUUACGACCAUAAUUCAGAUUUGAACACUAGGGUGUUAAUUUAAUUAUAUUCUUUGAAUGUACUUUCUGGUAUAGCAUCUUUCAGAAAGGAUUGACCUAAAAAAUACAUUUAGUACAGUUCUCAAUAUGCCAGUAUGAUUGUAUGUCAUGUAAAUUUUCUUGUAGGCUUAUAUCAAAACUUUGUUAGGAUCACAAACGAGCUACCCACCGAUAUGCAACAAAGACUCAGGCUUCUGACAGUAGUUCACUCUGCUGUACAAUUAAAAAAAUCUAUGAUAUCUGUAAGAAUACCUUUAAGUGGUGUAUGAAAAUUCUUUUUGAAAAAAAAUGUGAUUUUGUUCUUCUGUAAAAUGCCUAAUUUUUAACAUUUGUUCCUGUUUAAUUCACUAAGCUUUUUGACAGACUAAGUAUAUAAAUUGACCAAAACUGAAAAAGAAUGUCGCCAUGUCUAUUAUUGCUUUAUCUGUUUCAUCGUUGGAUGCCUGUUGUAAAUAUGUUUAUAAAAAAAAAGUGAAGAAAAAAAAUGUUUUAAACCAAUUACAUACCUCAGCAUUGGUUUUGUUACAUGUAUAAAACAUUGUCAAUAUUUUAAUCAGCUAACCAUACUUCAUAAGAAAUCAGAUUAAAGAUGUAUACGGUAAAUCCAUCAUGCUAUAUUUUUUUAAUGAAAUACUGCCGUUUAAUCAGUUUCGUUUCUACAUACAUCUAACUACAGAAAUCCAAUUUAAUAUUGUUUAAGUUUUCUUUAUAUUGAACUGAUUAUUAACUGAAAAUGAAUCAAUCUGAGGUACAUACUUAUAGUUAUGUAUUAAUGUUGUAUUGUAGAUUGUUUGUUGAAAUCAUCACAUACCUCUUCCCCAUUAAACUUGAACAUUUCCCUUCCCUUUCAGCCUGUGCCAACAUCAUUCAUGGCUAUUUAAACCUUCAAAUACAGUUUUACAGGCCAUAGAAAAAUGUUUGUUUUUUGGAAACCCUUCAUGCAACAUAUUUAUUUUUUGACAAAUUAUGGAAACAUUGGAAAAAAGGCCAAAAACUUGAAUGUGACUUGAGUACUAUCUGUCUGAUUUUUGUUUUCAUUUUUCUUAAUAUGUUAGAAAAUAAAUAAAACAAAAAUCUCAACCUCAACUAAAAGUUUCAUUUCAUUUAAUAUUUUUCAUCCCUCUGAUAGACAUAACCUCAAAAUCUAACCCUCUUGGUCUGGUAUUUGAAGGUAAACUUAAUAUUACCUCGAUAUUUGUUCAUCCUCAUAAACAGGACGUGUGUUACUUGAUUUACAGUACAAAUAUUCUCCCGUAUUCUUUUUGAAAUGCUAUAGCAGUGACAUAAUAGGUUGUGUUUUUUUUGAAAAGUUUAGAAAUCUAUCAUCUUCUAUGUUUGAAUGUUGAGGCUAUUCAACAAAAAAAAAAUGAUCAUGCCCUCAGAAUAGCUUUUUAGGAACUGUUGUGUUUUAAGUUCAAGAUAACUCAUAUUGUUUCAUACAUCAUGAAAAAAAGGACAGGAACCUUCUUAUAAAGUUUCAGUGACAUUAAUGUUCUUAUUUGUUCAAAAUUUAAGUGCAAUAUAAUUAUUUUAAAACAGCAUAAUAAUUACGCAAUUUAUUUUCCUUUGCAAGUUGCAAAUUUUUAUUUAAACUUUUACCAUCAAAAUAUGGAAAUCACGAAAAUGUUACGAUCAGUUUGUGAAUAAAGACCUGUGGAAGUACA